AUGGUGGGAAGGAAGACUUCAGCUUUUCUAACUAUUGCCAUUAUGUCUGGAGCUAUGCUUGUAUGUCAAGGGGUACGGGUAUGGAGAAGAAACAAGAGAGAAAGAAGCAUUCUGGAGCAUAUGGAAAGAGGGCUUUUGUUGUUGAAGGAAAAAGUGUAUAGUGAGGCAGCACUCUCGUAUCUGAGGUGCCUGAGUAUAAUGGAAGAAGGAGACGAGAGGCUUGUCAAUGUCUACAACAACCUUGCGAUAUGCCUUGCAAAGAUCAAGGCCUACAAGGAGGCAGCCCUUUAUGCUGAGAGGUCUCUUAAGAUAAAUAUACUUGAGAAUGAGAAGGCACUGAGGCUGAGAUAUGAGUGCCACAAGGCCCUAGACAUGAGGAGAGAAACGCUCUGUGACGCCUUUCUAUGCGGGCUUGUGACAAAGGAUGAGAAAUACAGGAAGCUUGCGCAGGAGAUUCUGAAGAUGGAGGCGGAGGGGGAGGCGAAGAAGAUGGCUGGGGAGAGGGAGGCAAGUCCAUCGAGAAUUUCAUACGAGAGCUUUUUUGGGACAUUUCCCGACUUGUUUGGAAAUGAGUCUUUUGUUAAUGAUGAGCUUGUCAGACUGAUCCGGGAUGGAAAGUAUGACGAAGCCUUUGAGAAGGCAGGGAAGAGAGAUGAUAGCAUAUCGAAGUUUGUGACUGCAGGGAUGAUGCAUGUGAGGGGAAAUGAUAUGGCCUCGAUUUCGCUACUGGAGCAUGAGAAGAUGAUUUUCUCUAUCUGUCUUAGGGAGUAUCUUAAGUCUUUGCAUGGGCGCAUGCCUAUGGAUAUAGAGGACUUUGUGGUGAAGAACAGCAAAAGUGUGUCUGUUCUAUUCUAUGCAUCAAAGAUCCACCUCAACCUCAAGAAUUAUGAGUUGUACGAAAAGUUUAUUGCUAUGGCCAUGGAAUGCGAAGAACAUGAUUUUCUGUAUGUGGACCGGAUAAUCUACGAAGUUGGGCAUGGAAGAAACGAGAAGGCAGAAGAGUUCUUGGAUAAGGCGCUCGAAAGCCAUCCACUAAGCAUUCAUGUUCUGUCGAUUGCCUGCGAGUAUUAUCUAAGGUGCAAAGACACGGCAAAGUUAGAGGCGAUAAUGUCAAGCUUUGAGAAGCACUAUCGCGAGGAUCCCCGGUUCUUUCUGUUCAAGGGGAUAGUUGCGCAGGCAAGAAAUGAUGUCUCUGAUGCAGAAAGAUACUUUAGACUUGCCAUCAAAACAGAUGCAAGGUUCUUUAAGCCAUAUGUCUACCUGGGAGGAAUUCUUCUUGGAAGAAACGAUAAGAGCAGCAGAGAAGUAUAUGAGGAGGCCCUGAAGUGUGCAGUAAGCUACGAUGAGCUAUUUCUUGUUGAGCAGGCCCUCAUUCUCAUUGAUGUACAGGAGAAGAUAAUAAGGAUAUAUCCGGAUGUUCUCAAGGCAUUCUGA